AUGUGUGGCAUUUGGGCCCUCUUUGGCAGCGAUGAGUGCCUCUCAAUUCAGUGUCUGAGUGCUAUGAAGAUUGCACACAGGGGUCCCGAUGCAUUUCGAUUUGAGAACGUCAAUGGAUACACCAACUGCUGUUUUGGAUUUCAUCGCUUGGCCGUGGUUGACCCGCUGUUUGGAAUGCAGCCAAUUCGACUGAAGAAAUAUCCUUACUUGUGGCUCUGUUACAAUGGUGAAAUCUACAACCAUGUGAAGCUGCGAAGCCAGUUUGGAUUUGAAUACCAGACCAACGUGGAUGGCGAGAUAAUCCUUCAUCUUUAUGCCAAAGGUGGAAUUGAGCAGACAGUCUCGAUGUUGGAUGGGGUGUUUGCGUUCAUUUUACUGGAUACGGCAAAUAAGAAAAUAUUCCUGGGCAGAGAUACCUAUGGAGUCAGACCUCUGUUCAAAGCCAUGACCGAAGAUGGAUUUUUGGCUGUGUGUUCAGAAGCUAAAGGUCUGUGUAACUUGAAGCACUCCACGACUUCAUUUUUAAAAGUAGAACCUUUUCUUCCGGGACACUAUGAAACUUUGGACUUAAAGCCCAAUGGCAAAGUUGUAUCUGUGGAAAUGGUCAAAUAUCAUCACUGUAGAGAUGAACCCCUGCAUGCCCUCUAUGACAGUGUGGAGAAACUGACCCCAGGUUUUGAACUAGAAACUGUCAAGAAAAACAUCCGGAUCCUUUUUAACAAUGCUGUUAAGAAACGUUUGAUGACAGACAGAAGGAUUGGCUGCCUUUUAUCAGGAGGUUUGGAUUCUAGCCUGGUUGCUGCCACCCUGUUGAAGCAGCUGAAAGAGGCCCAAGUUCAAUAUCCACUCCAGACAUUUGCAAUCGGCAUGGAAGACAGUCCAGAUUUACAGGCUGCUAGAAAAGUGGCAGACCACAUUGGGAGUGAGCACCAUGAGGUCCUCUUUAAUUCCGAGGAAGGAAUACAGGCCCUGGAUGAAGUCAUAUUUUCCUUGGAAACUUAUGACAUUACAACAGUUCGUGCUUCAGUAGGUAUGUAUUUAAUUUCCAAGUAUAUUCGGAAGAACACAGAUAGUGUGGUGAUCUUCUCUGGAGAAGGCUCAGAUGAACUUACACAGGGCUACAUAUAUUUUCAUAAGGCUCCUUCUGCUGAAAAAGCUGAGGAAGAGAGUGAGAGGCUCCUGAAGGAACUCUAUUUAUUUGAUGUUCUCCGUGCAGAUCGAACUACUGCUGCCCACGGCCUUGAACUGCGAGUCCCGUUUCUGGAUCAUCGCUUUUCUUCCUAUUACUUGUCUCUGCCCCCAGAAAUGAGGAUUCCAAAGCAAGGAGUAGAGAAACAUCUCCUGAGAGAGUCAUUUGAGGACUCUAAAUUGCUACCGAAAGAGAUUCUUUGGCGACCAAAGGAAGCUUUCAGUGAUGGAAUAACCUCCGUUAAGAAUUCUUGGUUUCAGAUUUUACAAGACUAUGUUGAACAUCAGGUUGAUGAUUCAAUGAUGGCAUCUGCCGCAGACAAAUUUCCCUUCAAUACUCCUAAAACAAAAGAAGGCUAUUAUUACCGUCAGAUAUUUGAACGCCACUACCCAGGCCGUGCAUCCUGGCUGACCCAUUAUUGGAUGCCCAAGUGGAUCAACGCCACUGACCCUUCUGCCCGCACACUGUCCCAUUACAAGUCAGCUGCCAAAGCUUAAGUGCUCUUUAAAUGGCAGAGUUAAAAUCAGUAUUUCUUCCUGUGAGGAGUAGGAGGACUGGCAGGAGGAUUGGCAGCUGGUUUCUGGGAACAAUGAGUCAACCACCCAGGCUUACUUGGGAUCAAAAAAAUAAAAUAAAAGUCUUAACUUAAAAUCUAAAACAUUG